AUGGCGUCGAUCAAUACAGGGAAAAUCUACGUUCUAAAGAACAGCUUUACAGCUGCAGCUAAGAUACUUGCCCUCACGGGAAACGGCAACUCUCUCUCCUUGGUAGACGCCAAUAAUGUUACUUCCAACAGCCUCUGGUUCCUUACUCCAACGAACUCAGCCAGCUACUAUCGCUUGCACAGUAUUGCCAACGGCGUGAAGCAGUCACUCGACGUCAUUAAUGACAAUGGAGUUAACAGCGUCAACCUCCACUUCGCGAAUACUGGAGAAUAUAGUGGGCAAUAUUGGAGAUUCGACGAAUGGGGCACAAACCCAGCCUACCCGUACCGGCUGAGCAACAGCUUCACGGGACCAGGUCAACACCUAGACGUGUAUUCUGACACUUAUGUGGCUCAUCUGGCCGGCGGCGAUUACAGUGGGCAGCAUUGGGCUCUAGUUCCUGCAAACACUGUCGUCGUGACCCAGUCUUGA